AUUAAGUAUUUGUACUAGUCACAGGUCACGAAUUUCAUCUUUUUCUUACAGGUCUGAAUUACAGGAAUUGAUUGUCAUAGGUACUAAAACGAAACCACCUACAAUAAAACUUCCACCACUGCCAAUUAUAAGAUUCUCAUCCGAUGAUAAAACCCCUGAGGAAGUGCUAAGUUCAGUAUAUGCGGUCAGAAUAAAUGAUAAGAUAUUUUUAAAAGAAAUACCUCACCAGACUCUAAGUCAUUUGACAAAAAUGCAAAGUGAUUAUGGGCACGAUUAUUGCGAGUCUUGGUCUUACUAUUUUAACUGUCCCGUCAGAAGAGUUGGGAGAAGUAAACUUUAUUUACAAAAUCUUGGUACUGUUUCACUUAGAUAUUGCUGGAAAAAGGUUAAACGAGUGAACGCAGAUGAUUCACAAUAUCAAGUGUUCUUUUUCAAUAAAAAUGAAAACGUUAUUUGUCCCGGACAAUCACAGGAAGUCUCUUUUACAUUUAUGUCUAAUGAGCCUGGAACUUACGAAGAGAGUUGGGAGUUGAUAUUUUUGAAUAUCUGCUUUUUUGAUUCGCUUAAAAAUCAAAUUAUUGUAAAUUUGUAUGCUGAUUCCGUAGAGAACCUAGCAAAAAUCAAAAAGAAAAGUCAUAAAUUGGAAAACCUUAUCUAUGCUAAUGGGCUUAUAAAUAUUGCAAGAGAUUUGAUUGGAGAAAUGAUACUAAAGGCUACUAGUGAUCAGCCUCAAAUUUAUCCUUACGAGAAAAUGUUUCUGGAAGCUGAUUUCUUUGUUAUGAAAAAUCCUGUUUGUUUCUACCAUCAGACUGAAGUUAUGAAAAUGAAAGAUGCGUACACAGAAAUGGUUCCGGGACAACUUUGGGAUCUAUCAAUUGACAGUUGGCGAGCAGCGAUGAUCAAUCAAGGAUUCGAAGAGAGAAUGAAAUAUUACAAAUUCUUGAGAAGUUCAUAUAGAGAAUUCUUAAAGCCGUGGUAUGAAGAGAACGAUCUUUAUGCGCAAAAGCUUGAAGCAGUACGCCAAAUUCUUGGACAAUUAGCUGAUAAAUUUGACAAAGAAUAUACUCAUAUACCACAAAUGUUUUAUGACACAAGUCAAGAAUCAAGAGAGAGCACUAUUUCUCAGCGAGAGAAAAUGCUUUAUUCUAAUUCUUCUAUUGUUCGUCACAUAUUUUACUUACGCAUGUAUGAGCAUCUUGGCAUUGCCAUAGAAUUAUGCUCUGGAGUUCUUAGCAGCUUGGAUUUAAAUCGAUGGAUCCAGUUUGAUUUUUGCAGAACUUAGUUAUUUUUAAAAUAUAAUAUAAUAUACUUAAUUAUCAUUA